AUGACUACAACAAGCUACAGUCGGCCAAUUGAUCAUGAAAAGACACCUUCUCCAGUUGGCCUUGAUGCGAAUAUGCAGGAAGACCAACUAGACGAAAACAAGAGUCAUCCCCAGCAGGAUCUCCAUGAAUACCCUCCAUUGCCAAGGGUAAUCAUGAUCACGAUCGCGUUAUACCUGGCGAUCUUCCUAGUAGCACUAGAUCGAACGAUCAUUUCCACAGCCAUUCCGCGCAUCACAGAUACCUUCCACUCCCUCAACGACAUCGGGUGGUACGGCAGUGCCUACUUGCUCACAUGCUGCUCAUUCCAGCUGGUCUUCGGCCGGAUCUACACAUUCUACUCCCCUAAAUGGGUCUUCCUGGGUGCCAUACUUCUUUUUGAAGUUGGCUCGGUAAUCUGCGGCGCCGCACCGUCCUCAACGGCCUUCAUCGUAGGACGAGCCAUCGCCGGCAUAGGUGCCUCCGGACUCAUGUCGGGCAGCGUCGUCAUUAUCGUCUACAUCGCACCACUACACAAGCGACCCAUGUACACCGGAAUCAUCGGCGCUGUAUUUGGAAUUGCAUCCGUCAUCGCCCCCCUAAUGGGCGGCGCCUUCACGGAGAACGUCUCAUGGCGAUGGUGUUUCUACAUCAACCUGCCCAUUGGGGCCGCCACAGUAGCCAUCAUCGCAUUAGUCCUAAAGCUUCCAGAACCCCCGCACAGCAAUAUUUCAACACGCGAACGUCUAGCAAAGCUUGACCCCCUCGGCACAGCGAUAUUCCUACCCGGAAUGAUCUGUCUCCUCCUUGCGCUCCAAUGGGGCGGCACCACCUACGCUUGGCACAACAGCCGAGUAAUAGUCCUUCUCAUCAUCGCAGGAAUUCUCCUCCUAUCCUUCAUCGGCAUCCAAACAUGGAAACAAGACAACGGAACAGUCCCACCCCGGAUCAUCCUCCAACGCAGCAUCUUCUCCGGCUUCUGGUACAUGUUCACGCUCAACGGCGCAAUGAUGGUAAUACUAUACUACCUCCCAAUCUGGUUCCAAGUAAUCAAGGACGCCAGCGCCAUAAAAUCAGGUAUAAUGACACUCCCCAUGAUCAUCGGCCUGGUGGUGGGCAGCAUCGUUGCCGGCGCAGGAGUGACCAGAUCCGGAUACUAUAAUCCAUUCAUGAUCAUCGCUUCUAUCCUAAUGGCGGUCGGGUCCGGUCUAAUGACCACCUUUACCACGACUACCGGCCACAGCAAGUGGAUUGGUUAUCAGGUCUGCUUUGGGUUAGGGUUAGGGUUCGGGAUGCAGCAGCCCGCUGCCGCGGCGCAGACGGUUCUUUCCCCGGAGGAUGUCUCGACUGGUAUCUCGUUGAUUUUCUUUGCGCAAUACUUUGGUGGUGCGUUGUGGAUUUCGGCUGCGAAUAAUGUCUUUGCGAACUGUCUCGCGCGGAAUGUGGCUAGCAUUGCAGGUGUGGAUGCCGGGGAUGUUGUAAAGGUGGGUGCUACAGCUUUGCGGGAGGUUGUUGGUGACGAGCAGUUGGCUUUGAUAUUGCCUGGUUAUAACUCGGCUGUGAUUGAUGCGUUCUAUGUUGGGGUUGCGUGCGCGUGUGCUACGGGGAUUGGGGCACUGACGAUGGAAUGGAAGAGCAUGAGAACAUAG